GAGCAGGCCUUGGGGUGGGAGUGCCAGCUCCCUUCCUAGCUCUCACCUUCCAAGGGGUCUGUCUGAAGGGGUGAGGGUGAAGAAUGUGAGAGUCAAAUCCCUUUGUGGGUGGAGGCUGGGGGGUGCGGCUCUCAGGAGUUUUGGCUGCCUGAGCUCAAACUCCAUCUUGAGUCAUUAAUUCCACCCACCCUCAACCUCAGUAUUACCAUCUGUGAAUUGGGGAAUUGUAACAGUUCUUACUCCCUCAUGAGGCUGUUGUGAUCUUUGUAAAGCAUUUAGAGAUCUUUGGGAAGAACAGCCAGCCCUGACUGAAUGUAGUGAUUGUUAGUAGCAGCAUCAAUUCUGACUUCACUUGAGAUCCAGUUUCUGCUUGGCACACUGGAGGUGGGGAUAAGAGGAUUGUUUGGGCAAGAGAGUUCAAGUGUGGGAGUAGUGAAGGUUACCAUGGGUAAGGAAAGGGAGAGGUGCCCCUGUGUCUGUGGGUCAAAUGGUGCUGGUGGACAAGGUUCUUAGGGAGUUGAUGGAGUUUUCUUCACUCAGACUUCAAACUGAUCACAUUGAUGCAAGGGUUCUGGGUGGGGCAAGAGUGAAGGGCCUGAGGCCACCGGUGUGGGGAGCAAGUAAGGGUGUGUUGGGGGAUCGGUGAGGGUGGUGAGGGUAAGAAAGGAAGGUGGCAAGGGCACUCUGUGAGCUGAGCUGAUGUACCUGGGGGUGGGGCUUCCUGGGGAUGAGAUAUAGGGUCCGGAGGCCAGAGUGAGCAAGAGAACGCCAGUGUCCCUGACUUACUCCCCUUGCCACCUACUCUGGGCCUGAUGUGAAGCAGAAACCCACUCCUUCUCACUGGGGAGCAGGGAGGGGGAAGGUUCAGGCCUUACUGGGGAAAGAUGGGGGACAGUUUGUGGAAGAGGUCUAAGACUUGAGGUGUGUGUGUGUUUGUGUGUGUGUGUGUGUGUGUGGACAUUUGUGAGCCCACAACAGGGGCUCACACUUGAACAUAAACUUUGUACUAGGGGGUUCCUUGUAUGUGUACAUGGGGCUGGGUGAAUGUUGUGACUCAGUGGGUCAGCUCACUCUCCCCCCAGAUCCUGUAGGGUAGAGUCAGUGUGGCAGUGGGAGAGAGAAUGAGAGAAGGCUCAGCUGGGUACAGACAUCUGGGCAGGUGAAUCCUUCCCUUAGGCCCGCCCGCCUUCAAACAGCCACCAGGGGCUGGGGGUGUGUAACUUCACCUCCCUGUGCCUCGGAUUCUUCAUCUGGAAAAUGGGGUAAUAAUAGUGCCACCCCUAAAGGGUUAUUUUGAGGAUUUAAUGAGUCGAUCCCUGUUAAAGUACUUAGAACUGUUACUGGCACUUAGUGGGUACUCAGUGUAUUUAUUCAUUCAACAAGUAGUUACAGAGUAUCUAUUAUGUGCUAGGCAUUAUUCUUUGUAAUAACGGUUUGGUAUCACCAUUUUACAUCUUAAUACAUUUCAGAUCCUCUUUGAGGAAUGAAUGAAUUUAUUGAACAACUACUAUCUGCCAGGUACCUUUAAAAAUACUACCAUAUGUGCUCAUUUAAUUCUCACAACAAUCCAAUUUUUACAGGAUUCUAAAAUCAUCCUCAUUUUCCAGAUGUGAAAACCGAGGUCCAGAAAAUUUAGGUCAAGAAUCAGGGUCCAACCCAGAAGUUGUGGCUUCAGCUCCUAACUAUCCCUGUUGCUCUCAGGCCUGCGGAAGGGGUUGAGCAGGGCGGGGUCACUGUGUGAAUGACAGCCCCGAGUGGGACGGAACAGGGCUCCUAGAGCCAGGAGGACGUAGGGAGGUGGCGAGGGGGCGGUGUCAGUAAGCCAGGCGUCUGUGUGUGUGUGUGUGAGCGCGGGCAUGUUGGUGGGACAUCUGUGUGGUGGGACACCUGCAAAGUGUUGCUAGGUCUCCUAACAUUGAAGUGUUUGUGUGAGUGUAAAUGUAUGUGAGCCUGUGUGCAGGUGGGAAUGGGAGUGUGCGUGAGUCUACGUAGGAGGCUGAGAGUAUAUGUGUGAACGUGUUAACUGCUGGUGCGUGCGAGUCCGGGUGUGCGUGUGUGAGCGUCUGCCCGAGAGGCCAGGCUGCUGUGCAGGAGCGCUGGUGAGAGACUGCGCCCUCGUGGCCCCUCCUCUGUACCCUUUCCUGAGGGGUCAACCCGCCCCAGGGCCUGGGACUACCACUCCCAGCAUGGCCCGGGCGGGCCCGCCCCGCCGUCGCCAUUGGCUGUGGCUCCGGUGCUCCCGCCCCUCGGGAAUGAAUGGAUGGGCGGCCUCAGCGCCCGCCCGAGCGCUGGGAGGACCGACCCGGCGGGGACCCGCUGGGGGCAGGACCCGGGGAGCAAGAUGGCCACGGUCAUCCCCGGCCCCCUGAGCCUAGGCGAGGACUUCUACCGCGAAGCCAUCGAGCACUGCCGCAGCUACAACGCGCGCCUGUGCGCCGAGCGCAGCCUGCGCCUGCCCUUCCUCGACUCGCAGACCGGCGUGGCCCAGAACAACUGCUACAUCUGGAUGGAGAAGACCCAUCGCGGGCCUGGUUUGGCUCCGGGACAGAUCUACACCUACCCCGCCCGCUGCUGGAGAAAGAAACGGAGACUCAACAUCCUGGAGGACCCCAGGCUCCGGCCCUGCGAGUACAAGAUCGACUGUGAGGCUCCCCUGAAGAAGGAGGGCGGCCUUCCAGAAGGGCCGGUCCUUGAGGCACUACUGUGUGCUGAGACGGGGGAGAAGAAGAUUGAGCUGAAGGAGGAGGAGACCAUUAUGGACUGCCAGAAACAGCAGCUGCUGGAGUUUCCGCAUGAUCUUGAGGUGGAAGACUUGGAAGAUGACAUUCCCAGGAGGAAGAACAGGGCCAAAGGAAAGGCGUAUGGCAUCGGGGGUCUCCGGAAACGCCAGGACACCGCUUCCCUGGAGGACCGAGACAAGCCGUAUGUCUGUGAUAUCUGUGGGAAACGGUAUAAGAACCGGCCGGGGCUCAGCUACCACUACACCCACACCCACCUGGCUGAGGAGGAGGGGGAAGAGAACGCUGAACGCCAUGCCCUGCCCUUCCACCGGAAAAACAACCAUAAACAGUUUUACAAAGAAUUGGCCUGGGUCCCUGAGGCACAGAGGAAACACACAGCCAAGAAGGCGCCCGAUGGCACUGUCAUCCCCAAUGGCUACUGUGACUUCUGUCUGGGUGGCUCCAAGAAGACAGGGUGUCCCGAAGACCUCAUCUCCUGUGCUGACUGUGGGAGAUCAGGACACCCCUCGUGUUUACAGUUCACGGUGAAUAUGACGGCAGCCGUGCGAACCUACCGCUGGCAGUGCAUUGAGUGCAAGUCCUGCAGCCUGUGUGGCACCUCGGAGAACGACGGUGCCAGCUGGGCGGGUCUCACCUCCCAGGACCAGCUGCUGUUUUGUGAUGACUGCGAUCGGGGUUACCACAUGUACUGCCUGAGUCCCCCCAUGGCGGAGCCCCCGGAAGGGAGCUGGAGUUGUCACCUCUGUCUUCGGCACCUGAAAGAGAAGGCCUCUGCCUACAUCACCCUCACCUAGGCCUGGUUCUGGCCCCCCGGACCUCUGGGGUGGUGCUUGCCUGCCUUCCUCUCGGAGCGCCUUUACUCUCGCCUCCCCCUUAAUGCCCCACAGUGGGAGGAGGAGAGGGAAAGCCUGAGGGGGCUGGGCCACCCCUUCCCUCUGUGCAAGUGGAAUGUUUGCCCUCUGGGUUGGGGGGCCAGCAAGGCCCCUCUCCCUCCCUCCCUCCCUCCUUCCCCACCCUUUGGCACAUGGGCACCAGGGGCUUCUGCUCCCCUCAAAGCCAUACCCCGCCUCUGGGCGGGCAUGAGGGGGUGAUGGAUGCCAGCCCGGGGAAUGGAUACAGCCUUUUUCUAAAGAAAAAGUCAAAAAGUUAAAAAAAAAAAGAAAAAAAAGAAAUUAAUAUAUAGAGUCCUCUAAGGCCUGGCUGGGUAGAGGGGGCUGUGCUGAGCACAUUCACCUGGCACCGUCUAUGCCAGCUUCCUGCCUAGAGGCCCUUCUCCUCAUUUCUGGAGUUGCAGCUGUCCCAUCUCCCACCCAAGGUGGGCACCAUUCCUGCCUUGUGCCCAGGGCAAGGGGCUGUGGUGUCCACCCCUCGCCCCCUCCUGGUGCCCACUGCGGAUACUGCAUGAUGUGACCCAUGGUUUUGAAGUCUGUUCCUGCCCUGAGAGCCCCGCCCGUGCCCACCCUGUCUGCCGCGGCUGGUGGGCGUCGCCAGUGGGGCAAGGCCAGCCCCUGCCCAGCGCCUGCUGGAAUGAGAAGCACAGACUCUGCAACGGACUUGUUUUCCCUCCUUCCUCUGCCCCCAUUCCCCACCGGCCAGGCCAGGCUGCCCUGGCCACGCUCACUGGCCAUUUUGGGGUAGUGACGGGCGUGGUUGUUUCUUGUGGUUGUGUUUGUUGUUUGGGUUUUAAAAAAAGGGAAACUGAGACUGCAAGCAGGAGAGGUGGUGGGUUUGGGGGUCUCCCCGGAUCCAGGCAUGCCCUGCCUUGUAAAUGAGUCUCCUUCAUUGCCUGCCUCUGCUGUGAAUUAACUUGUUCUGUGUAUUAAACUGGGCUUGACUCCUC